AUGGCGCGCCGCGACUACGCACAAGAUAGAGAAUCCAUCAAAACAUUUCUCUCCGAGUUCUGUAAAACUGACGAUGAUGGCAAAAAAGACUUCGUCUAUGGCUCACAGUUGGUGAAGCUGGCACAUCGCGAGCAAGUGCUAAUUACAAUCGAUCUGGACGACUUGGCCGAGUUCAAUGAGAGCCUCGCCGAGGCUGUGAUCGAGAAUUGCCGACGCUAUGCGUCGAUCUUCAGCGAUGUGAUUGCCGAACUGCUGCCCAGCUACAAGCAGCAGGAAGUGCACGCCAAGGACGCAUUGGACGUCUAUAUUGAGCAUCGUCUGAUGAUGGACGCGCGCACACGGAAUCCCAUGGAGCAAAGGGAUGAACGCAAUGCAUUUCCCGCAGAGCUGAUGAAGAGAUUUGAGGUCGGCUUCAAGCCUCUGUCCACAGAGAAGGCGCUCUCCAUACGCGAGGUGAAGGCCCAGCAAAUCGGCAAAUUGGUCACAGUUCGCGGCAUUGUGACGCGCUGCACCGAGGUGAAGCCAAUGAUGGUGGUCGCCACCUACACUUGUGACCGCUGUGGCGCUGAGACCUAUCAGCCAGUCAACUCGCUCUCCUUCAUACCGGUGCAGGAUUGCCCCUCCGACGACUGUCGCGUUAACAAGGCGGGCGGUCGACUCUAUCUGCAGACGCGCGGCUCGAAGUUCGUCAAGUUCCAGGAGCUCAAAAUGCAGGAGCACAGCGAUCAGGUGCCCGUGGGUCAUAUUCCGCGCAGCAUGACGGUGCUCUGCCGUGGCGAGGUCACACGCAUGGCCCAGCCUGGAGAUCAUGUUCUGAUCUCUGGCGUAUUCUUGCCUAUGGUACGCACAGGCUUCGCCCAGAUGAUACAGGGUCUGCUCUCAGAGACCUUCCUGCAGGCACACCGCAUCAUCUGCAUCAACAAAAACGACGACAUUACGGACAAGGAUUGUGAGCUGACGCCCGCUGAGCUAGAGGAGCUUGCCCAGGAUGAUUUCUAUGAGCGCCUGGCCACCAGCUUGGCACCUGAGAUCUACGGCCAUUUGGAUGUGAAGAAGGCGUUGCUGCUGCUGCUCGUCGGCGGCGUGGACAAACGUCCAGAUGGCAUGAAGAUUCGCGGCAACAUCAACAUCUGCCUGAUGGGUGAUCCCGGUGUGGCCAAAUCUCAACUGCUGGGCUACAUAAGCCGCCUGGCCAUACGCUCGCAGUACACAACAGGUCGCGGCUCCUCGGGCGUGGGUCUGACGGCAGCUGUCAUGAAGGAUCCACUCACUGGCGAAAUGACGCUCGAGGGCGGCGCCUUGGUCCUGGCAGAUCAGGGCGUCUGCUGCAUCGAUGAGUUCGACAAGAUGGCCGACACAGAUCGUACGGCCAUACACGAGGUGAUGGAGCAGCAGACCAUUUCCAUCGCCAAGGCGGGCAUCAUGACCACGUUGAAUGCGCGUGUCUCCAUCCUGGCUGCUGCCAAUCCCGCCUUCGGUCGCUACAAUCCCCGUCGCACAGUGGAGCAGAAUAUCCAGUUGCCAGCUGCUUUGCUGUCGCGUUUCGAUCUGCUCUGGCUCAUCCAGGACAAGCCCGACAGGGACAACGAUCUGCGUCUGGCCAAGCACAUUACGUAUGUGCACAGUCACAGCCGACAGCCGCCCUCGAGGGUCAAGUCGCUGGACAUGCAUCUGAUGCGACGCUAUAUUAAUCUCUGCAAGCGCAAGAAUCCCACCAUUCCCGACGAGCUCACCGACUACAUUGUGGGCGCCUAUGUGGAGCUGCGUCGCGAGGCGCGCAACCAGAAGGACAUGACCUUCACAUCCGCUCGCAAUCUGCUCGGCAUUUUGCGUCUGUCCACGGCUCUGGCGCGUCUGCGUCUCUCCGACCGCGUCGAGAAGGACGAUGUGGCCGAGGCGCUGCGUUUGCUCGAAAUGUCCAAGGAUUCGCUUAACCAGAUACACGAGCACCAGAAGGGACACGUGCCAAACACUUCGGAUCGCAUCUUUGCCAUUGUGCGCGAGCUGGCCGGCUCCGGCAAGGCCGUGAAGAUCGCUGACAUCAUGGACCGCUGCACGACGAAGGGCUUCAAACCGGACCAGGUGGACAAAUGCAUCGACGACUACGAGGAGCUGAACGUCUGGCAGGUCAACAUGGGCCGCACCAAAAUAACAUUCAUGUAAAGCCGCCGAUUCCAGGGCCUAUUUUAUCUAUUUCUACAUAUUUGUUAAGCACAUCUCAAAUACAUUUCAUCAUAUCUCAUGUUUCAUUAAAGAUUACUUAAAUAAAU